GUCUCAACUCUGAUCCGAACAAUCCACCUACUAGGCAAAGAAAGUAAAUUACCCUCACGCUAUUGAUGGUGGACGCGACCACAGGGAAUCAUUCCCAUUCCUCUUACGUCCACCACCCUUUCACCAAUUCUCGGGUUCUUCUUCUUCUCCGCCUCCUAAUUACGCGAAGAAGGCGGCGAAAACCUCGCCAAGUCUGAGAUACGCGAACCCAAAAGAGAUCGUAUUGUAGGUUUUGGAUAUGGCGUCGAAGCGGAUCUUGAAGGAACUGAAGGAUCUGCAGAAGGAUCCACCCACCUCUUGUAGCGCAGGACCUGUUGCUGAAGACAUGUUUCAUUGGCAGGCAACGAUAAUGGGUCCUUCAGACAGUCCUUACGCUGGUGGUGUUUUCCUUGUUACCAUUCAUUUCCCUCCAGAUUACCCUUUCAAACCUCCUAAGGUUGCCUUUAGGACGAAGGUGUUCCAUCCCAACAUCAACAGCAACGGAAGUAUUUGCCUUGACAUCUUGAAGGAGCAAUGGAGUCCUGCUCUCACCAUCUCCAAGGUGUUGUUAUCGAUCUGUUCAUUGUUGACCGAUCCAAACCCUGAUGAUCCUUUGGUGCCUGAGAUAGCUCAUAUGUAUAAGACUGACAAGAACAAGUAUGAGUCAACUGCACGGAGCUGGACUCAGAAGUAUGCCAUGGGCUGAAAUGGAAACCCCAAUCUACAAAACUCUCUCUUUAUGAAGAAAAAAAAUAUUUCCUUAAUUUCUAUGUAUGAUUCAGUAGACAAUCUCUCGUGUCCGUUUUAAAUUUUCUGAAAACUAGACCACAUGAAGUGGGUCUUGUUUAAAAAAACAUUAUCUUUGUGAAACUAGAAACUGGUGUUUGGUCAUGUGGAUGAAUUGUGAUUUGAUGUUUUUGCUUUCUGAUUA